UCCAGAUCCCGAGUUUCUCACAACUUUAUUUUGAGAAAAGCAGUGAAGUAGGUGAAGCCGUGAGUGAAUGAUGGAAGCCGAUGAGCCAAUGACGAUGAUCUGCACAUUGCUAGCAAUAGACAACACCACCGGCUUCUCCUACAGAGUCUGCUCCGUCUGCGAGCGGACUCUCCCCGACAACCCUUCUUCCCUCUGCAAGUUCUGCAGCGUCAAUGCCUUCAACCCCCGCUUUCCACGCACCAAACGCCUCUUUCGCCUUCUCAUGUCAAUAGCUUCAGAUACAAAAGUGCUUAAUGUGAUAUGCUUUGAUAGGGCUGCCAAGGUUCUAUUUGGUUGCUCUGCUGAGGAGUUUUUUGACUUCGCCAAGUUUCACCCUUUUGCUGCUGUUAAUGCUAGUAGAAUUCUGGACGGAGAGAUGUUUAAAAUGACACUAUCCAAACCAAAGAACGGGAAUGCACAACAUCUGCGAGCAGUUCAAGUUGUUCCAUUGAGGUCUGGUUUUCAGCCAGCAAUUGUGAGCUUGAGGGAAUUGUAUGGAGUAUGUGAAGAACAGAAGAAAUGAAGAGGAAAUACCGCAAGUCUUAGCUGACUCUUCGCAGUCUGGAAUUAUCUGUGAUAUACUGUCGUAGUCAGGUUUUGUAAUCAACUUCAUUUCCAGUGCAUAAUCACUGUAUG